GGAAAAGCGGUGGGCGGGCUUUAACCAGCAGAGCUCUUCCAUGAUUGGUCCUUUUGACUGUGGCUGUUGUAUGUCACUACCGGUGUUGUUCUUUUUUCUGCAUUUGUACUGCACGCAUUUGUGUGAAGAAAGCAGAUUCUACUUUGCUACUUGUUACCGCUGAUUCUCUCACAGAUCUGACUUGAUGGCCAAGAGACGCGCUGAAGAAACUGUGCUACUCGACUCUCCCAGUAAGAGAAGAUACUUCCCUCCGAUUUACAGUAUUGACAUGCAGCUGGAGAGCAUGGCUUCAGUGGGAGGCGUGAGUUCCCCAUCUCUACUGACUUUAUUGGGGAGUCGCUGCAGAAAAAGGCCUCUUUAUUUCGACAACGAAGAAGUAUAUUCUCGUCCAAAGAUUUCAUCCUUGGACUCUGGAAAGCAUGCAAAGAAUGUUUUGAAGACUCCAUCUUCUGGAAGUUUCCAGGACGGCCGCAGGUCCUGCGCACUUUCAAAAAAUAAGCGACCGCGAGAGGACAACGUCGGUUCAGACACCGUUACGGCAACAGAUAAAACAGCUGAUGAAGAUGGUACUUAUAACUCUUUUCAGUACUGGAGGGUCCCCUUACCUGAACUUGACCUUUCACUGCUAGAAGAGCCUAGUGACCAUUACCCCAAAAAAGACAAGUCAAAAGCGAAUGACACAACUGCAGAUGCAAUGGAGACCUGAAGAUGAUGAACACUUGAUGUGUUUUAUUACCUGAGCAAACUGAUCCUGUUAAUCCUAUAGAUAUGUCAGAUAAUAGAGUUAAAGUGGAUGUCUUGCUGUAGGAUUUCAGUGACUUUCAGAUGUUUUGUGAAGGAGCUCUUGGUCAUCCUGAAGCUUUAUGUUCAAUGGGUUUUGUAAGAGCAAGGUGAGGCUGUUCUUCAUUUACACCUCUGCCCUUUUUUUCUGCUACAUCUGCCAAUUUGCAGCAGAGUCUGUAAAGUAGUAAGUUCGUCAAAUGCGAAAAGGAGCUGAUUAUCAUUCAGUACUUCAUAUCUACCAUACAUCAACUCACGCAGCAGAAGAAAUGUUUUGUACCGAGUCCGACUUUGACAACUGAUAAGUUUAAGUCAUUUUCCAGAAUGUGCUUGCAGGGUUCUGUGCAGUCUGGAGGAUGAUGUCACUUGUUUUUAGUAUUCUUUAGCUUUAAAUACAUAUAUUUAGUCUCACUUUUAUUCCUUCUUCCUUUUGUCCUUCCUUUUAGACGGGUUCUUUUUUCUAAAUACCAGUCACAACAGAAAUAUCUGCCAUAAAGUCAUUGUGAAAUUUUGUGCUUAUGCUUAGUAACUAUCAGAAAACAGAUUGCGAACUCUGGAAAGAUGUACAAUUAAGACAUGAACAAGAACCCAUGUGAUUGUAGUCUGCUGCAAGGAAAAUGUGGAUCUUGUCCCCAAAUAAACAUCUCUCAGCAGAGGUCGCUCUGAGUCACUUUGGUUGGAUCAAGGAGCAGAAUCUGUUUUAUUUUAUAAACCAACUGGUCCAUAUGGACGUGAUGGUAACAAUGUCUUCAGUAAAAUUUCAUAUGAGAUUUUAACAAUUUUUUAUCUUCUGGAUUUAUUAAGAAAAAAAGAAAAGAUGUAUACAUACAUGUAAACAAACAGGUUUGCUUAGUUGAGGUUUAAAAAAAAAGUUCUUGCAGGUUGGGAUUAUUAAAGCCUAAUAAAGCGCUUGACUGGCACUGUGCAGCAUACAGUAAACCUACAUUACGCCUCACCAACUUGUUGCUUCACAAUGAUUACCCUACUACUUGCAAAAUAAAGUUGUAGGGUGUUUAGAAGUAUUUCUGGUUCUGAAAUGUCAGGACUCAUCACGCUUGUUAAGGAAUUGCUGCAGUUCAGUUGGUAAACUGCGACCUGUUUAGCAAGCUUUUUUAAAUAAGCUUCAAGAUGAUUCUGUAGAUUUUAGUUUUGGAUAUUUCUGCUAUUAAUAUGAUACAAAGAAGCAAUCUUGUUUUUACCCAGUUAUCACAUUGAGAGAAUCUAAAUGACUCGCAGCUAAAACGUUCAUUGUUAAAGGUUCAGUAUUGUAUAUUUUCCAGGCAUGUAGAGCAAUUUUGUAGCACAAUCAAGUGACUAUCUCACCUUUAGUCGUUACAAAAAUGCUGUAUAUAUCAAAUAUGAUAUAUACAGCAUACUUAUAUUUGAUAUAAAUUAGCAAGAGAAAUUAACUGAUAAUUUUUGAGAUUAUCCUUUAAAGCCUUGAAAUUGGGCCUCUGUUUCUUUAAAAACUCCUGCUCUUUCUGACACCCCUUCUUCUUAGGACGUCUUCACAACAGCUCCUGUAUUAAUCCCUUAAAACUUUUCCAGCAAGUAGCUUGUGUGAUGAGCUCAGCAGAGUUUCACCAGGUGUUUGCUAAUUGCUGCUGGCUAGUCUGUAGGAGGUGGGAGAGCUGUUCUAUUAGGCAGAAGCUCUGAAAUUUGGAGACUGCAGCUCAGAGGAAGAGCUCCAUCCUCGAAGUUGGUGCAACAUGCAUGAAAGAAUCAAAGCAGCACUCCAAGUAUGUUUUCGAUGAGGGAAUAAUAUUAUGACAUGAUGUUAAGCUUCUAAAAGAAAUCAAUUUAACAUAAUACUGCACCUUUAACACCGUGACUUAGGAACUUGUGUAUAAAUCAGGACUGUUUGUUUAUUGCUAUUUGAUAAUCAGGUUUUUUUGUUUUUGUUUUUCUUGUAAAUAAAAUAAUUUUCAGUGCCCAAGUGACUAUUUUUCUGUGACUGUUCCUGUCAGGGACAGUUCAAGGGAUAACAGAAAAUGGAGUUGAGUUUUUUUUUUUUUCUUCCCUGCACCUGAACAAUCGAGUAACAUGUUUGUUGGCGUAGAGCUGUCCUUCUUUGCCCCUGCUGCUGCUGUGAAGCAUGUUUGCGGUUUGAAGGGGAGGACCGCGGCUCUGCUCCGGAGGUCGAACAGUCCUGGUUGUGUUGGAAAGAGGAGGAGAUCAUGAGUUCCUCAAGGCUUCUUGGAAAAGAAGUGCCCUUUGGACCAGCGGCUGAUAAAAGCCCAAACGACAGAGUAAUGAUGAAGAGGUGGGAUUUGAAAGAAGUUCUCCGUUAGACUUAAAACAUUUUAUGUAGGUUUUACCCGCAGAGCACAGCCAUGACGGGAAAAUCUUGGAUUGAGGAGAGCUUCUUCAGAAGGGAGUGUGUGAAGUUCAUCCCUUCCUCUUGGGACCAACACAGAUGCAUUCCAAUAUGCCAAGUGUGCCAAAGCCUGAUCAGAUGUUGCUGUGGCCGCUUGAUGGGGGAGCACUCUUGGCAGGAGUCUUGUCCUCCCAUUUCCCUCUGUCCCAGUCCAGAACAGGGCAUGGAGGAGUGGUCCAUGGAGGCUCACACAAAGGCCAGUUCUACCAACGCCUAUGGGAUCAUAGAUUUUCAAGACACUGCCACGCGGGUCUGUCGCGCCAAGUAUGUUCGUGUGGCUGUGGACUCCAAGCCAGAGGCGCUGCUCCAGCUGAUGCUGAGGGAAUGGCAGAUGGAGCGACCGAAACUACUGCUGACGGUCCACGGAGGGUCAGAAAAUUUUAUUCUGCCCCCAAAGGUGAACCAGGCCUUCAGUAAGGGGCUCAUCACGGCUGCCAUAAGCACAGGGGCGUGGAUUUUCACUGAUGGGAUCAAUACAGGUGUGUCUAAGUAUGUGGGUGAGGCAGUGAAGUUAUUUGGAGGCCACGACUUGAGGAAGAGAAACACGAUUGGCAUCACAUCGUGGGGAAUGAUCGACAACAACUUGGACCUCAUCGGCAGAGACGUAUUCAGACCCUACCAGCCACUGGGCAACCCUUUAAGCAAGAGGAUCUGCCUUAAUGGUUUCCACUCCCACUUUCUGUUGGUGGAUGACGGGACGCUGGGGAAACCUGGUUGUCAGCAGGGCCUCAGGAGAAAACUGGAGAAACAAAUCCAGCUACUGAAGAUUCAUCCUCGACUGAACCAGGGAGUGCCUGUGCUGUGUGUGGUGGUGGAAGGAAGCGCCGCCAUUGUAUCAACAGUUCUGGAUUAUGUUAGCAGUGCGCCCCCUGUGCCAGUGUUUGUGUUUGAGGGGUCGGGCAAGGCUGCAGACCUCUUCGCCUUCUUACACAAGCAGACUGCUAAUGAUAG